UCAGACCUCACGACUUCGUUAUGUCUGCCGUUAUAUUAUGAGUUUUCUUAUUUGUAGUAUACUCAUUCCUGAGAUCCUCCGGGUAUUUACCGUCGGGGGAAACAUGAAUCUGCUCGUUGAAUGUAUCAGUACGUUGUUGUUGCACUUGUUAGUGAUGGUGAAAAUGAUCAACUGCAUCUCCAACUUGGAAACGGAGAAGGAAUUACUCAUGCAAAUAGAGAGUCAUAGAAAAUUCUAUUCUUCUGCUCCCGAAGUUAAAGUGCUAAAUAGCUAUGCGAAUCGGAGUCGAACAAUUACGCACGUCUACAUCUAUUAUAUUUAUGCUACCACUGUCAUGUACAUGGGCACGCCCAUGGUACCAAAAAUUCUGGACAGCAUCUUACCUUUAAAUGAGAGUCGACCGACCAUUUUUCUUUAUGAGGCUGAAUAUUUUGUUGAUCGUAGUGCAUACAAAACGUGGAUUUUACUCCAUUCGUACGUCGUGACACCUCUACCAGCAACAGUCGUUGUUGCAUUUGAUUCCUUGUACUUUCAUUUGGCGGAACAUGCCUGCAGUUUGUUUUUAAUAGCGAGCAAACGAAUGGAAAGAUUGGCUCAGGACAUGGAAUUCUGGAAAUCAUCAGACCAGAUCAUCUCUGCAAAGAGGGAUGAUGUUGGUGAUGCUGUUGUACUCUGCAUCAUGCAGCACAUGAAAGCACUCAAAUUCGCUGAUCUUUUGAGGACAGCAUACACCAAAGCGCUGUUUUUUAUCCUAGGUAUAAACAUGCUAGCCAUGAGCAUAACAGGAUUCCAGACCAUUACCAAACUAGAUGAACCCAGUGAAGCCAUCCGAUUCGGCUGUUACACAAUUGCCCAACUGAUCCAUCUGUAUUUCCUCAGCUGGCCGGGUCAAAGACUGAUGGACCACAGUCAAAGAAUCCAUUCUGCAGCCUAUCAAGGAUGCUGGUAUAAUAUUCCAGUGCACCUCCAGAAAUUGUUGAUCCUGACCAUGCUGCGGGGGUCUAAACCAUCUGUCCUGACGGCUGGUGGAUUUUACGUCAUGUCUCUUCAAAGUUUCAGUUUGGUACUGAAAACGUCAGCUUCCUACUUUACUAUUAUCAAAUUGAUAACCGUGCGUGAUGAUUUGCAAAAGAUAAUAGCAUGUGUGCCAAUAUUAGCAUUGCAUUCAUUGACAAUCACAAAAAUGCUGAAUUGUCUGUUCAGCAUCGAGCAGAAUAAGUUGCUGCUGCUGGAGAUCCAGGAGGAUUGGCAGCGGAAUUUAUCGCCGGGUGAUGUGGAAAUACUAGAAAAAAAUGCCAAUCAGAACCGAGUGAUAACACACACGUACAUAUAUUACAUCUAUGCCACUACUUUGAUGUACCUGAUGGGACCAAUGGUCCCAAAAGUGAUGGAUGUGCUGGUACCUCUGAACGAAUCACGUCCGGCACUAGAGAUAUACCAAACAGAGUACUUCGUAGAUCCAGAGAAGAAUGAAAUCCCAAUUCUAAUCCAUGCUUAUGUGAUCACGCCAUUCCCUUCAACGAUCAUCGUAGCUUUUGACGCAUUGUACUGCAAUUAUGUUAAUCAUGCAUGCAGCAUGUUCGAAAUCGUUGGGAAGCGUUUGGAGGCGAUCAUCAAUGACAUCGAUGAGAUAGAACACGGAUUGACUCCAAUCUCAGAGAAGUCCAUCCACAACUCUCUCAAGGAAUGCAUCAAACAACAUCGCAAGUCGUUACAAUUUGCUCAUCUGCUCCGAAUGACAUACAGCAAAUGUUUCUUGAGUAUUGUUAUUAUUAAUACUGUGGCAUUGAGUAUCACUGGAUAUCAGGUUGUUGCUAAUCUGGGUGAGACCAGCGAAAUUUUGAGGUACGGCACAUUUUCGAUCGGUCAAAUAGUUCAUCUAUUCUUCCUCAGCCGACCUGCACAAAAAUUGAUGGAUCAAAGCAGUCGAAUUCAUUGGUCGGCUUAUCAGGGCUGCUGGUACAGAAUUCCAAUCAGAUCAAAAAAAAUGUUGAUUCUCAUCAUGAUCAGGAGUGGAAAGCCGUCGAUCUUAACAGCUGGAAAAUUGUACGUGAUGUCCUCGCAGAGCUUCGCUAGGGUCGUCAAGACAUCGAUGUCAUACUUCACAGUUCUUCUUUCGAUGCGAUGAACCCACAUCGCUGUAGUCAGAAAAGACCGCUCUUGUAAAUUCCUUUAAAGACUCUGGAUUAGAUUAUUAAAUUACUAUAAUGAUCGCGCGUUGCACAGGAUUUUUUGUAUCCAUUUUC